AUGACUAACACAAGACGUGAACGUGCAAUUGCCCUUCGUCCUGUUGAGAUUACCAAUCAGCAGCUUAUGGAAAUACUUUCUACUGUGAGAGCUGAUAUGUCUACCGUAAAAGGACAGAUUGGCAAUGUUGAGCAAACUCUGACCAACAUGAAUGGCAGAAUUGGCGUUCUUGCCACCACCAGCACCGACACCAUCAGUGCCAUAGAUAGUUUGGCCAGAACUCCCCUUGCUGCUCCUGUGAGAGCCGAACUCACUGUUGCUGCACACUGGAAAAAUAGGCCAUGUCGCAGAGUCAAUAGUUGUAGGAAACUUAAGCCAAAUGAUAUCUUUUGA